UCAGCUUCUUCUUCUUGCGAUCGACGAAGCCGCUCCUCCGAACCAAACGAAAAUGAUGCUCAAAACGGCUGGCCUGAGGAAAAACAGCGCUCUACAAGCCACGGUGGCUGUGCUGGUGGUUCUAGGCACGUCUUUGACGGUGGAUGGCGGUCUGAUCAUCGGCAGAAUUCGGCGGCACAUCACGAGCGCACACGACCACCGAGCCGACAGAAUUCUAUACUGUUCAUACGACUCCGCCAUAGAGACUCAAACUCAACUCGCCACGCAAAGACUUGAAGGAUACGCGCAACUGAGAUUUCCCUAUGAAGUGAUUGACUGGGAUCUGUUCGAUGUGGAAGUCGCCGCAAUCAGAAACGAGUUGGGAGACCCUACACUAACGCCGCUAGAACGUAUCAGCCUGCUGUACACCGUGGCAGACGGCGUCCUGACGGAGAAACUGAACGAGGAUCCCGCCCUUCUCCCGACCGACGUGGCGCGGAACAGAACCCGCAUGCUCGCCGCCAUGGACGAGCUUCUCACCACCAUGAACGACACGAUUCGGCUGUACAGAAGCCGUGCAGAGGAGAACUGUCACUGUUCUGACGUCAUCUCUGGAAUCCUGGACCACCUCAAACAAGUCAGGUUAGAGACUUCUCCAGUAGGUCUGACAGCAGAGGGGAAGAUCCUUAAGUACAUCCGGGUCUUGUACCAGGUCAUCCGAUUGGUCAACAUGGAGCGACGACGUCACAUGGACCCGCACUGCAGAUCUCUAUAAAACCCCUACAACAGCCUUUAGUCAAUACUGAAAACCCCUUUAAAUAGCCUUAACGCUUAGUGAUAGGAUGCUACACUGACUUGUAAAUUAAUUACCCCUCCCCAUCUGAGAAUAUGUGCAACUCUAGAUCUUUAGUGAUGAUACUGGGACACUUAACGAAUGUAUUGACAGUAGAUUUAUCUGUGUUGGAAGUUUGAAAUGGUCAAAUUUAAGCAAAUGAUGUUCACUCACCAUAUUUCCAGCACAUUUUGGUCCUCCGGACCUUGCUUGUAUACGUAGCUGCCUCUAUCUACUUGAGAAUCCAGGCAUAACAAUAAUUUACCAUAUGUAUAUAUGACGUCGUAUUAUGCACCAUAUAAGUUCUGUAUUUUGCUGUAUUUUGAAUGUUAAAUUCCAAACUUUGAUCUCCAAACAUUCUUCCCAAGGAGAGAAGUUGCCACCUGCCAUACAUAGAGACUUCAUUUUGAAUCCUAUCUAUUGCCAUACAUAGAGACUCCAUAUCAGAUAUUGGAAAAUCUGUCAUCUCCUGCGGAUACCAAUUUACACGUCCUUGUGAGAAACGUAUAGCGUUUCAAUUCGUUUUCCGGUAUAACUGUGACACCUAUCUAUAUACACAGCAGAAAAAUAUGUAAGUAUAUAUGGCUCUACAGAUCCAUUGCGUAUUAUUUCCGGAGGUAUACAGCCGUAAGAGGAAGUUGGCAUUUCUGAGCUGAAAUACUGUGUUACUUCUCAUAUGUUAAGAUGAGUAAAAUAUGCAUCAAUGAUAGCAUGUUGGGAAAUCCAUCCUAAUUACUUUAGUAUAUUAUCAGCGUCUUGUAGCCAUUGUUUUAUCAGAUUUGCUGAUGGUAGAAAUUGAAUUUGUGAAGAAAGCAAACCUUAAAGUCAAUUAUGAUGCGUCAAGCAAGAGUUAUUAAUAGUAUAAUAGCUGUAAAAUUGUGAAUAGGUUUGAAGACUUUGUCUUGUAGCUUUGUGUCAUCUAAAACAUUCAAAUCAUGUUUUCCAAACGAAAAUUGCAAGAAUUUGGUUGUGUAAGUCU